UUUUCUGCCAAAAUGAUAUAUUUGGCCUUCGUCUAAUUAUAAAAUAAAGUACUCAUGAUAAAUACCUCGAAAGUAUUUAUUAAGUAAAUGAUGCAUAAGUUUAAAAACAAAUUAGUUUAAAAAGUUUUUAGUGUGUGAGGAAUAAAUUCAAAUUGUAUAAGACUAACCAGAUACAUUUUACAGAUUUAUCAUGCAAAAUCCAUGGCAAAGGAAUGAUUCCUUGAGCAUUUCCCUAUACAAUAGAAACGAGGCAUGUCUAGUAAAUGAUUGGCAUCAUCCAAAGAAUAUCGAAAUUCGUAGAAGACUGGAUGAGUGUAAUAUUAUACGUUAUGCGGCGUAUCGUGUCGCCGCAAAAUUAAGAAUUCUACAACAUUCGAUGCAAACCAAUAACUUACCACUUACACUUUGUGCAAGUAUAUUUACAAAACACCGUUUGGGAUCUACAGAAGCUUCCCUUUUAUUGGAAUGCUGUGAAUUAGAAGCUGUUUUGUACGAUAUAUUUUUUGCUGCACAAAAACAUGGGUUACCUAUUGAUAAUGUUGACGAAGCGACUAGCAUAAUGGUCAUGCUUUUGUAUAACAUAUAUGACAAAAACAAAGAAGGAAAAAUACCAGUGAUUGCAGCGAAAAUAUGUAUGGCUGUAUUAUGUAAUUCAACAUUGUCUGAUGUAUAUCGCUAUUUUUAUACAUUAAUUGCCGAUCAUAAUAAUUGUGUUACACGUCGACGUUUACAAACUUUGCUAAAUUAUUUAGCAACUAUUACAGAAUUUUUACAAGAAGGAAGCAUGUUUGGGCAAUCAUUGGUGGAUGAAGCAAUCGAAAAAUGUUUUACUAACUCAUCGGGAGUAGUUGGUAUUGAUGAAGAUUCGUUCAUGCGAUGGUUACAAGAUACUCCCCCAAUUUUAUCUUGGCUAACAACAUUUAAUCGUCUAAGAGUUUCUGAAAAUGUGACACACAACAUAAAAUGUUCAUCUUGCAAACAAAUACCUAUUGUUGGUCUUCGAUAUAAAUGUAUGCGUUGUGUGCGCUAUACUCAAUGUCAGACAUGUUAUUUUACUGCAUGUGUUAGCCAUAAUCAUAAAUUAAAACAUCCUAUGCAAGAACAUUGUAAAGAGGAUUCAUCUUCCGAAGUUACGCAUGCGUUCUUGAAGAGACUGCGUAAGCUUGUCAGGUGUUCACAUUCAAAAUCACAUAAUUUAAAUGAUACUAAAGAAUCAUCUCAUUUAUUACCAAGUAUUGAUGAAAAAGAUAAAUCAGUUAUUUCUGAUACCGCUUCUAGUCCCAUAAAUUCAAUUGAAGAACAUUUAUCAACCAUUAUUCAUCAGUUAGAACAGCAAAACAAUCAAUUACAACAACAAAUUAAUUCAUUACGAUCGGGAAGUAUCGAGAAAGAGAUUUUGCGUAGUCUUGAAGAACAUCGCAGUCAAGUUGGUACACAAGUGCAAAAAUUAAAACUCUUAAAGCAAGUUUUACAAAAAAAGAAUGAAAUAUCUGAUGAAAUACCAGCAAUGGUACAAAAUCGUAAUCAUAUCGAUAUUGAAAGUACACCAAUGAUACCAUCCACAAAUAAACGAAUAAAAAGAAUAGGAAAUGCGACUGGUUUUAAUUUAUUUAGUCCAAUUGUAAUGACACAAGAACAAACUGAACCUUCUGCAACAUAUAGAUCUAGUAUUGACGAGAGAUCAUCGUCUGUUGUUAAUCAUUCGCAAAAUCCAUUUUUAUCAGAUAGUGGUCCGACGUGCUCGAUCCAAGAUCUUAGUACUUGGAUUGGAGGUCGACCGACAAAUGAAACAACAAAAAUGCAAUCUACAUCACAAAAUUCCAUAUCCAGAAUAAAAGAAAAAGAUAGCGAUUUGGAUGCAGUUUUAGAAAAAUUACAUGAAAUUCUUGCAAACAAUAUGACAUUUGAUGGUAGUGAAAUUCUUUCUACUAUCGAAUUGUUAUAACUUUUGUUGCUGAUCAUAAAUAAAGGCAACAAACAUAUGGAUCGGAUAAUAAUAAAUUACAAAAUGCUGUGACAGAGAUGGAAGAUAUGUUGUCGAUGUUAAUAGAUGAAGUUGAGCGUAGUAGAAGUAAAUUGUAACAUAAAUUAAUAGAACAUAAUAACGAAG